ACACGACGAGGCUGAACAAGGCUGCUGCCAUCUCCAUUUCUCCGCAUUACGACAAGGCUCGGUUAUGCUUGUGGAGAUCCCCUCUCUCCUCGUUACAUGACAUUCAUCAUCCGCGAAGUUCUGGGCCGUCCUUCUGGGCCAUUACACUUCUUGUUCCGUCACACGUAGCUCUUCCCUUGUUCGACACUCACUAUGUCCACGAUACAACAGGUACAUUCCUACGGCAUCUAUCACGGCCUACCCGUCUUCCCCGAUGACGUUAAGGAUCUGACGGCCAUCGUGACCGGUGCCAACGGAAUAUCUGGUUCCUACAUGCUCAAAGUCCUCUCACAGGCUCCACAACGAUGGUCCAAGAUCUACUGCCUAUCUCGUCGUCCGCCCCUGCUCGAGCGCGGCUUGCCCCCAAACGCCGAGCACAUUGCGCUUGACUUUCUCAAAGAUCCCGAAGAUAUCGCGUCCGUACUACGCUCCAAGAACAUCUCGUCGUCAAGUGAGAAGAUCCACGUCUUCUUCUUCAGCUACAUUCAGGCGGAGCCCAAGCCUGGCGCGGGUCUGUGGUCCGAUGCCCAGGAAAUGUGUCGCAUCAAUUCUUUGUUGCUUGACAAUUUUCUUGCCGCGCUCGUCAAAGCCGAGAUCCGUCCGCAACGUUUCAUGCUGCAGACCGGCGCGAAGAAUUACGGCGGACAUCUUGGUCCGACGAAGGUUCCGCAGGAAGAGACUGAUCCGCGUGUGGAGUUCGAGCCCAAUUUCUAUUACCCUCAGGAGGAUUCGCUAUUUAAGUAUUGUAAGCAGCAGGGCGUCGGGUGGAACGUGUGUAUGCCGGGGCCGAUAUUGGGAGCCGUGCCCGACGCGGCUAUGAAUGCUGCAUUUCCUCUUGCCGUGUACGCGGCUGUCUCAAAGCAUUUGGGUGUACCAUUGGAGUUCCCAGCGGAUAUUGCGAGCUGGCAGAUGUAUCAGAGCAUGAGCAGCAGUAUGAUGAACGCUUAUAUGGAAGAAUGGGCCGUUCUCUCCCCUGCGGCUCGUGACCAACGGUUCAACACCUGCGACAACUCCGCAUUUACCUGGGAAGCCUGUUGGCCUCGGAUCGCAGACUGGUACGGGAUCAAGUACACCGGUCCCGACAUGCAGCCAGACACGAAAUGGAUCGAGAAGGAGACACGUUUCAAUCCGCGCGGCUACGGUGACAAGGGCAUCUCGAGGCGCAAAUUUACCUUCGUGGAGUGGGCGCAGAGACCUGAAGUGGCGAGUGCGUGGAAGGAGAUCGCCAAGCAGGAUGGCCUGGCUUGGAAGGAGCUUAAGGAUACGGACCGCGUAUUCGGGUUUCUGGAUGGAACGGUGUGUCGGCCUGCGCCGUUGAUUUUCAGUACUGACAAGGCUCGCAAACUUGGAUGGCAUGGAUUUGUUGAUUCCUCUGAGUCACUACUUGAGGUGUUCGACGACCUGGCGAGGAUCAAGAUGAUUCCGCCGGUGCCAAAGGUCAAAGUUGAUUUUAACUAGUUGGCGAGCUCU